AUGCCUCUCCCAGCCCGAUAUGGUCGCUGGGGACCUAUACUGGCCCCGGCGGUCUUGAUAAUGUUGAUUAUCCAUUUUUUCCGGGCCGAUUUCGGGUCAGCAACCACGCAGGACGUGAUCGAGCCCGCCCCAGGAUUAACAAUCGAGUCAAGCAACCAAACUGAUCUGAGAACCGGCCAUGUACCACCGUCAUGUCCGAUGCUCACCGGAAUAGACGAUGUUUUCGUAGUGAUCAAAACCGGCAUCACCGAAGCGCAGGACAAAGUUCCCGUACAUCUAAGAACAACCCUCCGCUGCAUCCCUCACAAAAUAAUUGUCUCCGAUUACGAAGAAGAGAUCGCCGGCGUGCGCACCUUUGACGUCUUCCGCAACGUCUCCGACACCCUAAAGCAAAGCAGCGGAGACUUCGCCCUUUACAACCGCGCCCGCACAGGCGGUCGCGCAGCAUUAACGUCCCAAGACCACGUAAAAGUCGCAAAUGGCCCAUCGGGAAUGAUGGACAAUCCGGGCUGGAAGCUUGACAAGUGGAAAUUUCUACCGAUGAUCCAGACCGCGCGCCACGCCCAGCCGGACGCCAAAUGGUUCGUUUUCCUCGAAGCGGAUACAUACCCGAUCUGGCCGAAUCUACUCGGCUGGCUGAGCCACUUCAACCCCGAGGAUCGCCUCUAUCUCGGGAACCAGAUGCAGAUCGGGUCGAAUUUGUUUGCGCACGGCGGGUCCGGGUUUGCGCUGUCGCACGCGGCCAUUCAUUCCGUGGCGGACUUCCAUGCACUACAUGUCGAGGAGUGGGAAAAGAUCACGGACCGGGAAUGGGCGGGUGAUUGCGUUCUCGGUAUGGCGCUUGCUGCCGCCGGCGUUCCACUCACUUGGUCCUGGCCUCAUGUUACCACCCAGUCGGUUUGGGAGCAGGAUAUGCUGCAUGAGGCUUUUGCGAAGCAGCCUUGGUGUUAUGCGCCCUUUACGUUCCACCACAUGACGCCUGCGGAUGUGGAUCGGUUCUAUGCAUUUGAGCAGCAGUGGUUUGCAGAGGUGGGUCAUCAGUUUCGAAUUAUCUACUUGACGCAUAUUGCUAAUGAACUUACCCAGACAAACUCGUCUGUGCUUACAUACAGUGACGUUUUCCAAAAACUCAUCCGCCCAACCCUCGCACACCACCUGGACAACUGGGACAACUUCGCCAAUGAAGGCGAUGAUAAGGAAGACUACAAGGGCCCACAAACGCCUGCUACUCUAGCCGCCUGCGCCGAUUACUGCGCCGCAAAUACAGAGUGCAUCCAAUACCGCCUGACCGCAGACUUCCGCUGCACAACCUCCAAAGCAGUCCUGCGUGGCAAGCCUCAACCUGGCACGCAAUCGGGGACGAUGCUAUGGCGUGUCGAUGCUGCGGUUGGGCAGAUGGAACACUGCUCAAAGGCAGCGUGGGUGACUGCGUGA